GGGCGGGAGAGCUUUGGGAAGCCCCGGACCAGCCAGCAGAGGAGAGCAGAAGGAGAAGGGAAGGAGGUCACUGCUGAGUGUUUGUUUUAGACUUUGCUGGCUGGUUUUCCCUCCCCUGCUUCCUCCGAACAUGAGCCUGUGGCAGAGAUUGACCCCGCUGGUGGCCAAGGGGCGAAGUUUAGCCACGGCGUCGGCCAGCGCCAGGGGCCACCACGGGGACGGGACAGGAGCCAGGACAUGGAAGAUCCUGUCAUUUACGGUGGCGCUGCCCGGCGUGGCUAUCUGCAUGCUGAACGCCUGGCUGCAGAUGGAGAAUCACCCCCACGAGCCUGAAGAGUUCGUUGCCUACCAUCACCUGCGUAUUCGCACCAAGGCGUUCCCCUGGGCUGACGGGAACCACAGCCUCUUCCACAACCCCCACACCAAUCCCCUGCCCACAGGCUACGAAGAAGUAAGGGGUCAUCACUGAGCCACCCACCCUCCCCGCCCAAGAGGUCCCGGGCCUAGCGACAAUAAACCUGAGUGGAUCUGUCUCCCAGUGGAUUUAUUUACAAUCUGGCCCAUUCAACAGCUUGGAAAGGGACACGGAGCGGGAAUCCCUGGAUCCGGGAUCCCCUCUGUGCCCCCAGGGCUGGGACAUGCGUGAGACUGUACUUUGCCACCCUGAUUGCUACCCCUGAGAUGGGGGCACCAGGGGCAGAGGCUGGGUGAGCGCAGAGUGCUGGGAGGGAAAACAGGUUUAUCCUCCAGGGGGUGACCCUGAUCCCCCCAGCUGGGCACUAGGGAGUCCCCAUGGCGAGCGGGCUCCGGGCGCCCGCUAUGAACCAAGAGCCUGAGGUGGGACCGGCCAGCAGCCUGGGAACCUGUCUGGCUGCUGUGGGCUUAGGAGGGGAUGGAUGGCCAAAUCCCAGCUCCAGCAAUCCCAUUCUGUCUCCUGAAAUCCCCCACUACGGUUUCAAUUGCAUGCAGAGCUCCUCUUCACUUGCUGUCCUCAACUCUUUUGCAGUGUUGCUGUUAGACACCAGUUUGCCCUACCCCAGAGACGGCUGCAUCUCUGUGCCAGGCAAGGAAUCCCUGCAUAAAGACUCCCCCUGCCCCACCCCAGGGGUGGCUGUAUCUAAGUGCCCUUGGAAGUAUCCCUGUGUAAACAGCCGGUAGCUCAAAUUAAUUCCCUCAACCAGCUCAUGGCCACAUCAGGUGGAAAGUGGGGGAGGUUCCGGGUGAGUUAGGGGUACCCUGCUGAGCUCAGCUGCAGAGAUCCUCCCUCCUAUGCUACCCUAAAGCUGGUUAGGAGGUGGGCGGGGGGAUCCCAGGUGUGGUUCUGGGUCUGAUCCCGGAAAGGGGCCGAGGCGAGGGGUGGGAACAGGAAACUCCUUUUGCUGUUACAGCUUCUGCUCCCAGCACAGAAGAGCGGGGUGGGGGGAUUUAAUCCUUCAUUCCCCUACUAGGAGGAAUUAUCACCCUGCCGGACUUUCAGAUUCACCGCACAGCUCUGAGCACAAAGAUCGAAUAUCCGAUAGAAAGGGUUAACCCCCCAUUUCUGAUCCCCGCGCCGGCGUUCCGGUGAUUCUUUUUUU